AUGUCCUCGGGACAAUCCAUAGUGCGGCGUCCGUUAUCUUCCAAGUCCAACAUUGAGCUCAUAAACUCGCUGCGCUCCAACUUCGCAUCCUCCCAACACCACUCCGCUAAUGCAGCGAAUUCCGAUUAUACACGCUGGACCACCCGAGAAGAUGACACUCUCUACAUCCCCUCCUGGCAGCCCACACCGCUCGUCGAGCCCCGCGACUCGUACGACGUCACCGUGAAGCUGUUCUUUUUGCCCUCCAUUCCGAGUUCCAGACGAUGCGGACAUACCCGGGAAGCAAUUGAUUUGGUGUUAAAAGAGCUCGGUAUUGACAGCAUCGACUUGCUGGUUGUGAGUUAUCCCGGCGUCAGCUUCGACGCCGACGACGAGGAGGAGAUCUCCGGGGAUGAAGCCGAGAGCGCAGAAAGCGACGAAUCCCAGGGCUUCGAAGCACAGAUCAAAACAUGGCAGGUCCUGGAAUCGUUGCAUGAGAAAGGCAUUAUAUCUCAACUCGGCGUCUCAGAAUUCAGCUCCGAGCGACUCAGCAAGUUCUUGCCCGAAGUGAGAGUGCGGCCGACCGUGGACCAGAUCAAUGUCAAGGACUGCUGUGUUGUGCCCAAAUCUCUCAUCAUGUACGCUAAAGACCAUCAGAUUGAGCUCCUCACCCACACAGAUUGUAUGGAUAUCUUGCCACCCGGGACAACGAGGGAGCUGUUAGGUCCAGAGAAUGAAGGUGCCGGGAUCAUCGCCGCCCGUCCGGACGCUGGGGCCGAUGAACCCGGGCUGAAGGGCGAUAUCGAGCCACAGUGGGUCGUCAAAUACACAGCCGUGGUGAAGAAUCGGGGGGUGAUUGAGAAUAAAGGAUAUUUCGCUGUUGCCCAGCUGGGUUCCUGCAUCGAGGAAAGGUCGGCCGAGAGCGCGUGA